AUGCAGCCCAAGUCUCUUCGGGCCCUAUUCUUGGGUCUGGCGUUGGCCACGAGUGUCGGGGCCAAAGGACUUGACCAGAAUGUUCACGACAUCAAACAAGUGGGCAGCCGUCAAGCCCAGGACAUUUCCCUCUGGCUCGAUAUCCUGCAGAAAAUCAAGGCGUCCGGCUACAAUUGCGUCUCCAUCUACAUCAAUUGGCAUCUCAUCGAGGCUGAGCGAGGUCAAGUUCGGAUGGAUGGCAUAUUUGAUCUCAACCCGUUCUUUGAGGCUGCGAAAAAGGCAGGCCUAUAUGUGCUACCUCGGCCAGGGCCAUACACCCACGAGAUUGGAACGGUCAUCGCCGCCCAUCAAAUUACCAACGGCGGUCCGGUCAUCCUUUUCCAGCCUGAGAAUGAAUACCAGAACACGAUUGAUCAGGAACUGUACCCAAUGCCUGAUUAUGACUACUGGGAACGCGUCCAAAAUCAGUACCGUGAUGCCGGCGUCAUUGUGCCGUACGUCAAUAACGAAGCGCACAUGAACGGCUAUAUUACCGCCCACACGCCCGCUAGCGUAGAUAUUUAUGGCCACGAUUCUUAUCCCCUCGGCUUCGACUGCGAGAACCCGACUGUCUGGCCAGAAGACGGUCUUCCGACAGACUGGCUGGCGAUCAAUAAUGCCAUCGCCCCGGAUACACCUUACACAAUCCCCGAGUACCAAGGCGGAGGCUUCCAGCACUGGGGCGACGCUGGCUUUGAGAACUGCGCCCUCCUUCUUAACAUGGAGUUUGAGCGCGUCCUCUACAAGAACAAUUACGCCGUCGGUGCCACAAUCUUCAAUAUAUACAUGACAUAUGGCGGCACGAAUUGGGGUAACUUGGGCCACGCUGAAGGCUUCACGUCAUACGACUACGGCGCGCAAAUCACCGAAGAACGUCUGCUCUGGCGAGAGAAAUACAGCGAGGUCAAGCUGCAGGCCAACUUCUUUCAUGUGUCGCCCGCGUUUCUGGCAGCAGAGAGGUUCAACUCGUCUCUAGAUUACACAGAUAAUCCCGGUGUCACUGUUACGCCAGCCAGGACGAACACCACAAAGUUUUAUAUUUCACGACACACGCAGUAUGAUACCGUCGACAGGGUACCUUACAAACUAAAGAUUGAGACAACGGGCCAUGGGGGCCUUGUGAUUCCACAGCUUGGAGAUAGCCUGUAUCUGACGAGGCGCGAUUCCAAGAUCCACGUUAGCGACUAUUCAGUUGGCGAACAUACCUUGGUCUACUCGUCUGCUGAGGUGUUCACAUGGAAGAAGUACGAUGAUAAGACGGUGCUUGUAUUAUAUGGGGGGCCUGAUGAGCAUCACGAAAUCGCCAUUGAGGGCGCAGGCAGCGCUGACAGUGAGGUGCUUGAGGGCUCAGGUGUCAAGAUUGAAGAUAGAGAUGGCUACACGAUUGUGGCUUGGGACGUGACAACUCACCGCAAACUCGUGCGCGUCCAUCAAGACCUCUACAUCUAUCUCGUGGUUCGCAACGAAGCUUACAACUUCUGGGUUCCCCCGACAGGAUCUGGUGGCGACUAUGGCACUUCGGACGUCAUCCUCAAGGCAGGCUACCUUGUUCGCACAGCCAACGUUGACGCGUCGACCCUUGCACUCGUCGGCGACGUCAACGGUACGACUCCGAUCGAGAUUGUCGGCGGCGCUCCCGCCGACCUGAAGACCCUGACCUGGAAUGGCCGAGAACUGUCCUUUGAACAGUCUUCACAUGGCGUGAUCACGGCCAUGGUAGACUUCUCUCCGCCUGAGAUCAAGCUCCCAUGCUUCAGCCAGCUCAAAUGGAAGACGAUCGACUCGCUUCCUGAGAUUCAGUCUUCAUACGACGACUCUCUCUGGACAGGCGCCGACCUCACAACCUCCCCGAACGACAAAUUCCCCAUCAAGACACCCGUCUCGCUCUAUGCGGGCGACUAUGGCUUCCACACCGGCUCCGUCAUCUACCGCGGCUACUUCUCCGCCACAACCGCCGAGUCUACCCUCAACAUCACACUCCAAGGCGGCCACGCCUUUCGGCGCUUCCAUCUGGGCUCGACGACCAGCACCUCGGCUCCCUGGCCCGGCUCCCCCUCCGCCCAAAGCGGCACCCUCACCAGGGCCCUGCCCUCCCUGAAACCCGACACGUCGCACGUGCUGACCCGUGGUCAUCGACUUCAUGGGCCUCAAACGGCAAAUAACGUCCUCGGGGAAGACAAACCUCAAGACGCCGCGCCGCCAUUCUUCGCUUACUCCACUCUCAGGCCACGAGCCCGACGCCGUCAAAGUGGAAGCUGA